GGGGCUGUGGCCAGAGCGCCGCCGCCGCCCCAGGAGCAGCUGCUUCUCUGCAGAGCGGGGCCCGGAGUGGGGCCGGGGCCCCCCUGCAUCUUCUCCCGCCAUGAGCCAGGGAAGCCCGGGGAGUCGGGCCCCCCUCGAUCCUACCCCCGGGCCCCCGGCGCCCCCAAACCCCUUCGUGCAUGAAUUACAUCUCUCCCGCCUCCAGAGGCUGAAGUUCUGCCUUCUGGGGACACUGCUGGCUCCCAUUCGUGUGCUUCUAGCUUUUAUCGUCCUCUUUCUCCUCUGGCCUUUUGCGUGGCUGCAAGUAGCAGGUCUUACAGAAGAGCAACUUCAGGAGCCAAUUACAGGAUGGAGGAGGACCGUGUGCCACAAUGGGGUGCUGAGCCUGAGCCGCCUGCUAUUCUUCCUGCUGGGCUUCCUCCGGAUCCGUGUUCGGGGCCAGCGGGCCUCACGCCUUCAAGCCCCUGUCCUUGUUGCUGCCCCCCACUCUACUUUCUUUGACCCUAUUGUUCUGCUGCCCUGUGACCUGCCCAAAGUUGUGUCCCGCGCGGAGAACCUUUCUGUGCCUGUCAUUGGAGCCCUUCUUCGAUUCAACCAAGCCAUCCUGGUGUCCAGGCAUGACCCGGCUUCUCGGCGCCGAGUGGUAGAGGAGGUUCGAAGGCGAGCCACCUCAGGAGGCAAGUGGCCCCAGGUACUGUUCUUUCCUGAAGGCACCUGUUCCAACAAGAAAGCUUUGCUGAAGUUCAAACCAGGAGCCUUCAUCGCAGGGGUGCCUGUUCAGCCUGUCCUCAUCCGCUACCCCAACAGUCUGGAUACCACCAGCUGGGCAUGGAGAGGUCCUGGAGUACUCAAAGUUCUCUGGCUCACAGCCUCGCAGCCCUGCAGUAUCGUGGAUGUGGAGUUCCUCCCUGUGUAUCAGCCAAGCCCAGAAGAGAGCAGGGACCCCACCCUCUACGCCAACAAUGUCCAGAGGGUCAUGGCACAGGCCCUAGGCAUUCCAGCCACUGAAUGUGAGUUUGUAGGGAGCUUGCCUGUGAUUGUGGUGGGCCGGCUGAAGGUAGCAUUGGAGCCAAGGCUCUGGGAGCUGGGAAAGGUGCUUCGGAAGGCUGGGCUGUCCCCUGGCUGUGUGGAUGCUGGGGCAGAGCCAGGUCGGAGUCGAAUGGUCAGCCAGGCAGAGUUUGCCAGACAGCUUCAGCUCUCAGACCCUCAGACGGUGGCUGGUGCCUUCAGCUACUUCCAGCAGGAUGCCAAGGGAUUGGUGGACUUUCGAAAUGUGGCACUUGCACUAGCAGCUCUGGAUGGGGGCCGGAGCCUGGAGGAGCUGACUCGCCUGGCCUUUGAGCUCUUUGCUGAGGAGCAGGCAGAGGGACCUAGCCGCCUGCUGUACCAAGAUGGCUUCAGCACCAUCCUGCACCUGCUGCUGGGUUCACCCCUCUCGGCUGCCACAACUCUGCAUGCUGAGCUGUGCCAGCCAGGACCCAGCCAAGGCCUCUCCCUCUGUCAGUUCCAGAAUUUCUCCCUCCAUGACCCACUCUAUGGGAAGCUCUUCAGCACCUACCUGCGCCCCCCACACACCCCUCAAAACACCUCCCAGAUACCAAAUGCCUCAUCCCCAGGCAGCCCCACUGCUCUGGCCAACGGGACUGCACAAGCACCCAAGCAGAAGGGUGACUGAGCGCCUCAAACCUCUGCCCCUUCCUCCUCAGCUCGAAUCCAGCCCUGCACUCAGGGCAGCGCCAGGGGCCUACCCUAUGCCUCAACCCCAUCUCUGGUCCUGUUUGGUUUUUGUUAUCUUUUUUUUUUUUAAGUUAAUUUUAAUUUUUUGUUUGGGUUUUUUGUAAGAAACUAUUUUAUAUAUAAAUUAAAUAUAUAUAUAUAUAUCUAUUAAAAAAUGAAGU